UAUAGAUGGCGAUACCAAAGAUAACUGACAGUUCUUAUGUUAAAUACUAUCAUUUAAUUUAGUGUUUAUGUGUAAAUAAAUAAAACUAAUUCAUUUUGUUUGUUUUGUGAAAGAAUAACAUAGUAGAAUGUCUGCUGCAAUGUGGACAGCAGAAUGGUUUUUAUUAGGUCGAGAUGCAUAUUACAGAAAAUUUGAGAUAUAUUCAAUGGCUUGGCAAAAUGAAGUAAAUGUAGAACAUUAUAUAGCGACAGCAGCGUCUUACGGAGGACCUAUUGCUAUUAGAAGGGACGAUCAAAAGUUUUUAAAAGUUCAAGGUUCUGGGCAACCGAUUAUAACUGUAUACUCAGGAUCUGGAAAACAGAUAUCAUCCUUUAAGUGGACUAGACGGCCUAUUGUUCAUAUGGGUUGGACAAAUGAUGAAGAGUUGUUAUGUAUUCAAGAAGAUGGCAUGUUGGUUAAACAUAAUAUGUUUGGAAAAUUUCUACAUACAUUUAAUAUAAGUCAAAAAAUUCAGGAUUCCAAAGUAAUUGACGCUAAAAUUUUUAUUAGUCCACAAAAUUUCACUGGAAUUGCUGUAAUGACUUCAAAUUUCAAGAUAUUUGUAGUUAAUAAUAUUGAAGACCCAAAAACUAGACAGUUAUCAGAUUUGCCAAGGUCAGGAAUUCAUCCUACUAGCUGGACUAUAGUUUCUGAAGACACUACUGAAGUUUUAUUAGCUCGAGGUGUUGAACUAUACAGAUUAAAACAAGAUGAACACCAUACAAGUUCUAUGUUGGAGCCAGAUAUAAUGAACAAAUAUACAUCAAUAAUAAAAAUGUCUGUUUCUCUAAAUGCUGGUCAUCUAGCUUUGUUUACUGAUUCUGGUUAUUUAUGGUUAGGAUCUACUGAUUUGAGGAAGAAAUAUUGUGAAAUUGAUUGUGAUAUUAUAUAUACUCCCAAGCAGAUGCUCUGGUGUGGUAAUGAGGCUGUUGUUCUAUAUUGGGAGAAAGAUAAUACAUUCCUGAUAGUGGGCAAACAUGGUAAUAAAGUAGCACAUUUUUAUGACAGUUCCGUAUUUUUAGUACCAGAAAUAGAUGGUAUUAGAAUAAUAUCUAAUACUCACCAUGAAUUGCUACAAAAAGUUCCUGAAGUUGUACAAAAAAUAUUCAGGAUAAAUAGUACAGAACCUGGUAGUUUUCUACUGGAAGCUUCGAAACAAUUUCAAAAAGGUAGUCACAAGGCUAACGAAUAUAUUUGUUUGGUAAAAAAUGAUUUAGAAACAGCUGUUAAUCAAUGUAUAGAAGCUGUAGGAUAUGAAUUUGAUACGGAUAUUCAAAAAACGCUUAUAAGAGCAGCACAAUUUGGUAAAUGUUUCAUACCAGAUAUGAGGUCUGAUAGUUAUGUGGAGAUCUGUAGAUUAUUGAGAGUUUUAAAUGCCGUUAGAGAUCCGAAGGUUGGCAUACCAAUUACAAUUACACAAUUUAAUUAUAUGGGAAGAAGGAAACAAGGUAUAUUAAAACGACUGAUUACCAGAAAUUAUUAUUAUCUUGCUUUACAGAUUGCUCGGUACCUCAAACUCCCUGAAAAAGAAGGUAUUAGCUAUAUUUUAGUGCAUUGGGCUAAAUAUAAGGUUAGUCAAUCACAUUUAGAAGAAGAAUCUGUUGCAAGAGAAAUAGCUGAAAAAUUGGGUUAUUCUUCAGGAAUCUCUUACAGUGAAAUUGCUAGUACUGCUUCGGACUACGGAAGAAGAAAAUUGGCCAUCAAGCUUUUAGAUUAUGAAUCGAAAGCGAGUGAUCAAGUUCGAUUGCUACUAGAGCUAGGAGAAAAUACUCCAGCAUUGGUUAAAGCCAUAGAAAGUGGUGAUACUGAUUUAAUUUAUAUGGUGAUAUUGAAGUUGAGAGAAAAAAUGCCAUUGGGAGAUUUUAAGAUGACAAUUAGAAAUUUCCCUGUAGCUCAAUCUUUGUAUAUAAAAUAUUGUAAAGAGCAUCACACACAAGCACUGAACGAAAUAUACAUUCAAGAAGACGAUUUUUGUGCUCAAGCCGAAACUUUUAUUCUGGAAAGUUUAGACGACAAGAAGGAACACAUGAAAGAUGCUCUACUCACUUCUGCGCUGGAAGCUUACAAAAAAGGUAGAAAAGAUCUUUACGUCGCGAUGUGUGACGAAACUAUUAAGUUGAUACGAUUUCAAAGGGAAGUGGAAGAUAAAGUACCUGGAGCAAAGAAUAAAUUCAAAGGAAAAUCUGUACACGAAACUUGCAAAUUAUUAUUAGAAAUGAAAGAAACUAAAUUACCCGAGAAAUUCAAAAAUGAUUUCAAAAUACCAGAUAAAAGAUAUUGGUGGUUGAAGAUAAGUAGUUUAGCUAAUCAAGAAAAUUGGCUUGAAUUAGAGAAAUUCUCGAAGCUGAAAAGAUCCCCUAUUGGAUAUGCGCCGUUCGUAGACGUCUGUUUACAAAAUGGAAAUAAGGAGGAGGCUCUUAAAUAUUUACCAAAAGUUAAUGAAGAUAUAAAAGUCAAAUAUUGCAUAAAAGCAGGUUGUUUUGAUGAAGCGGCCGAUAUAGCUUUUCAACAGAGAGAUAUGCAAAGCCUUCUUUACAUCAAAAGUAAAUGCGGAUAUCAAUUAAGUCAAAAUCAACUAGUCGAAAGAAUUAACGCCAUGGUACGUCAAUUGGAUUCCAAAAAGUAGAUUAUAUGAACUGGCCUCUAUUAUGAUUACCUCAGAGAAUGGAAUUCCAAUACUGUUUUUUACGUUUCUGUUUCUCACAUUGGAUUUAACUGACCUUUAUGCUAACUUGUUUAAUCAUUGUAUAUUAUUGUUAUAUUUAUGAAUAAAUAAAAAUAUAGUUUCAAAAAUGAAUUAAA